GCCGUUUCCGGGACUGGCGGCUCCGGUGCGGGCAGGAGGCGGCGCCCGGCGAGGGCUCGGCCCCGGCCCCGGCAUGCGCCGCCGCCCCGAGCCAGCAGCACCGGGGGGCCGGGCCGGCACGCAGGAGAGCGGAUUAUAUCAGAUAUGAUUCUGUACAUCUUAGAAGCCUGAAGAAAGAGCACGAUGUCAAAAUAACAUAUACAGCAUUUGUAAGGGCAAGUCCAGAAAACCAUGCAGUCAUCGGGGCACAGAUUCCGUGAUGUUGAGCACCACCCUCUCCUCACUGAAAAUGACAGCUAUGAUUCAUCUUCAUCAGAGGCUGACAUGGCAGAUAGGGUUUGGUUUAUCCGCGACGGCUGUGGCAUGGUCUGCGCUAUCAUGACAUGGCUUCUGGUAGUCUACGCAGACUUCGUAGUGACUUUUGUCAUGUUGCUGCCUUCCAAAGACUUUUGGUACUCUGUGAUCAAUGGUGUUCUCUUUAACUGCUUGGCAGUGCUCGCUCUGUCAUCUCAUCUGAGAACCAUGCUAACUGAUCCAGGUGCCGUACCCAAGGGGAAUGCCACUAAAGAAUACAUGGAGAGUUUGCAGCUGAAGCCAGGCGAAGUCAUCUACAAAUGUCCCAAGUGCUGUAGUAUCAAACCAGAACGUGCACACCAUUGCAGUAUUUGCAAGCGAUGUAUUCGAAAGAUGGAUCAUCACUGCCCAUGGGUGAAUAACUGUGUGGGAGAGAAAAACCAGAGAUUUUUUGUGCUAUUUACGAUGUAUAUAGCCCUAAUAUCAGCUCAUGCGCUCAUACUGUGUGGGUUUCAGUUUUUCUCUUGUGUCAGAGGACAGUGGAUUGAAUGCAGUGACUUCUCCCCGCCUGUAACUGUGAUCCUGAUGAUCUUCUUGUGCCUUGAAGGUUUUCUGUUUCUCACUUUCACUGCAGUUAUGUUUGGCACCCAAAUCCAUUCAAUAUGCAAUGACGAAACGGAGAUUGAAAGGCUGAAGAGUGAAAAGCCAACUUGGGAGCGGAGGCUACGAUGGGAAGGGAUGAAGUCUGUCUUUGGCGGUCAGCCGUCACUCCUGUGGAUCAAUCCUUUUGCAGGGUUUCGAAUCAGGCGACUUCUACUGAGAGCAAAGAAAGGAGGACCGGAGUUUUCUGUCUGAGUUUGCCUAUUCAUGCUGGAACUUGCAAGAAUGCUCUCUAAUAUUUAUUUUGGGGCCCAAAAAGGCUGUCUACAUAUAAUCUGUGACCAACUGAAACGGGACAUUUGCUUGUAGCAAGCAGAGUUUUAUACAUUUAUAGUCCAGACAUCUCAUUAACUUUUAGAAACGUAAACUGGAUGCUGUAGUGGUCUUUCAGCAAGAUGACAAACGAAAGGCGUGCGACCACACUAAAGAAGCCAAAAUGUUGUCAUACUACUGUAACUUAUUAUUUUAUGAAAUUAAUUAUGCUUUUUUUUUUUUUUUGUUAAAACACUUUUUAUUUGACAAAUGUUUGGGGAAUUACCUAUGCGUUUUAUAAAAUUAUGGACCGGGGGGCGCACUUACCAAUCAUGAGAUCAAGUAUUUAUGGUGGAAGCCAAUCUCACAUGAGACGAAGCCUUCUAAAUCCAAGAGUUUUUUCAGGGAACAAUGGUUUACGAAAUUUUCUUUUACAUUUCUAUGCGUCUUAAUAGACAAAGCUCUUCUCAUGUCCCUCUUCAAGUGUAUGCUCCAUGUAUGCUAAUUAUUAGAGACUUACGCACUGGCAACAUAACCAUGUCAGAUGCUCUCCUCCGUGUUCUGCCAAAUGUCUUCCCAGACUCUCAAUAGCAUGUCUCGUAUUUGGCAGUAUUAAUCUUAGAUGCAUUUAGGUAAGUUCUAAAUGUGCAGUAAUCAGUUUUUUUUUUAACUUAACCUGUGGGCAAACUUCCGCCCUCAGAUAUGCAUCUCCAGUUCUCAGCGCAUCGACUCUAAAGGAACUCAUGGGUAUGUGAGGAUGGUAUCUCGUCCUAUGUGCAGGGAAAAGAGGGACCAGCUACAUCCUCCUGAGGGAUUAAAAUGAAUGUAUUGCAGAUGGAAGGAACUUGAUCCAAAGAACAAUCAUUCUUGUUAAGGUCCUGCUUUGCCCUCUUUAUUUUUAUUGUAUAAAUUUGUCACGGGAGCAGAACCUGAUAGACAAUAUGCCAGUCACUGAGAGGAGGGAGACUUCCUUCAGAGCAAGGGAGUGUAAUCCCCGGCCCUCCUUUGGCACAAGGGCAAGAAAGCCAAUCCAUGGCACAAGCUAAAAUUUUACGUUGAAUCAUAUUUUCCAACCCAAACUGCUUCUGAACAAAAGGAAUGAGCAAUGUAGAAACAUAACUGCUUUUUGUGGGCCUGACAAAUACUAGUAGUGCUAAGAUGCGUUUGUAAAUCUGCAAGUGUUGAAAUGCAUCCUGCAAGUGAUGAAACUCAGCUGAAAGGGGGUUAGCAAAACACUACAUAUAGAAGAAUUUUUAUAUGGUUACUUUUAAUUAUCCACAGCACAAAGGAUAAAACAGGAGCCUUGAUGCACAGCUUGAAUCGGUGCCUGGAGAGUAACGAGCUCCCUGUUCUGGGAUUUGCCUUAAACUUGUCCAGCUUUUGUUUUUGCUCUGCCAGGAGCAUCAGCAAUCGUGUCCCACCUCAGGCAUUAUGACAUGCUCAAUGAUCUUUCAUUAGUAAGUUUACAUUCAGACCGCAAAUACUCUUUCUUUACCUGGUGAUUUAUUUCUUUAUUUCUGUGUACUUUCUGAUGGCAUUUAAAUCGUUAAGUCGUACUGACUCUACCACCAGGUCCUGUGCCAUGGUGCGGGUGAAUUGACUUAAGGGAUCCAUUCAGUAUAUCAUGGCUCAAUGAACAAAACUGCAAUACUUCAGAAUAUGUAUAAGUAAAUGCAUAAAACCAGAACAUUUCCAGACCGACAUAGCCAACAAAACUGCAGCCAGAGGAACACGGUUACAUGUAUCAUGUAGAUGAGGGGAAAGUUGGGCAUUCCACAAGAAUCUUUGCAUAUGCAGUUGCACACCUUCCAUAAAGAUUGGGGAAAAAAAUGUUGUAUCUGGCUUUGUCAUGAGGCUUUUAGCGUGUAUAUUGUUUAAUGAAAUAAACUGAUGAAGAAAUGAACCUAUCACUUCAAGCCGUUGAACUUCUGUGACUUAGCAAGCGUGUGCGUGUGUGUGCGUAUGCGUGUAUGAAAUCAAGUUUACUCGGGUCUGCAAGCCUGUGUUGCAUUGUAAUUUUUUAAUGUAAAAAUAAAGUAAUGAAUUGGAAGUCUUAA